GGUGUAAUGUUGGUUGACAUGUCGGUUGCCUAGUAACCGCUAGUAAUAGGGUAAUACCGCAAAGCAUAAGAGUGUGUGUUUGUAUACGGGAAGUGAAUCGGAAUGUCCAAUAUCUUGAGAACAAAAUGUGUUAUUAUAGGAAACUCAGCAGUAGGAAAAACCGCCCUUACCAAGAUGUUUCUGUCAGAUGGUAGAGAAUUUCCGAAGAAUUAUAACAUGACAUUUGGAGUUGAUCUGAAUGUGAAGACUAUAUCAAUCCCAGACACAAAUGACACUGUGGAAAUGUUCAUUUAUGAUUCCUCAGGGCAAGACCUUUACAAGGACUGCCUUUCAAAAUAUUGGCACAAUCCGAAUAUCUUAAUAGCAGUAUUUGAUGUAACAUCCGAGUUGUCACUUGAUUCAGUAAGUCAGUGGGUUGCACUUGUACGUAGCUCUGUACCUCAGAAAGCUGCCUCUACAACCCCUGGCGUUCUGUUUGGAAACAAGACUGACCUAGUAGACCGGAGAGUUGUAAGUCCCAAGAAAGGAGCUGCCAUGGCAGAGAAACUUGGCCUCGUGUAUUUUGAAGGAUCUGCUAAAGAAAAUCAAGGGAUUGAAGAACCAUUUUUCCUCUUAGCACAUGAAUGGCACAAGUUGUAUAAUGAGAAGAAAACUGCAUUUGAUCUUAUUGCAUGAAAGGAUAUACAGCAUGGUG